GCUGCUCCGACAGCAGAGAGUUUAGGAUGGCGGCUCAGUGCUCUUCUCUGCUCCUCUUCAAGUUAUAGAUGCUAACUGGACGUGUGGCGAGUCUUGACCCCCAUCAACACUUCUCUUCGGAGCCAUGCGCCUGUGGAUGUGUGUGUUAUCUGCGCUGAUCAUAUGCGAAGAUGGGAAAGCGAAGGGAGCGUUCACUCCGCCCGGACAGCCUCUGCAUAUCAAUGACGGCAACUUUUCAAACCGGGAUCACAUGAAACAAGAGCCUUUUCAGAACCAACAAGUGCUGCUCCCCCUGUCAGAUUCUGCUUUUAACCUGAAGGUCCAGGUCAACAAUGUGAUGAGUCGUGAGUACCUGAGCCAGGCGCUGGUGGAGGUCUACAUCAACUACACCCUGUUCAACACUGCUCUCACUGGGGAGGAUGGCAGUGCUUUGCUUCAUGUUCCUUACCAAACUGGGACAGCAAUCACACUUGUGGCCAGUAAGGAUGGCUAUAUUUGCACACUGCUGCCGUGUAAAACUGACCGAAUGCCAAUAUUUUCCUCCGUGACCAUGUCCCUGCUCGGUGUGAAUCAGGGGAACAUGUGGCUCUUUGAUGAUUCUGUCCUGAUCACUGGCAAAACAUCUGAUGCUUCAUCAAAGCCUAUUGUCCAGUUUCCAAAGAGCCUUCUGAAUCUGACAGACAGCAGUAAUGCCACGGCUGUUAGAGCCUACCUGACCAUCCCAAAGCUGCCGUCAGAGGAAGACGGAUUUCUGAAAACUUUGGGCAUCAUGAGCACUAAAUCAGGUUACGUCAGUGUGGAGUUGAGUCCGGUGGCAGCUGUCAGUGUGAAGCUCUUCUCAGGAGACACUGAGUUACAUGUAAGGAGGGGGGACAUACAGAUCAGCCUAAGCAUUCCUGACAGCCGCGGACUCCAGACCUCCGACGUUGUUCCUGCAUGGUUUUUCAACCGGACCACUGGUGGAUGGAUGAGGAAGGGGCUGGGGAUGGUGGUGUCAGUGGAAGGGAAACUCAUGUGGACAUUCACUGCUCCUCACCUGGGUUACUGGAUUGCAGCACCUUUAUCGUCCACUAGAGGUUUUUUUGGACUUGCCAUCCCCAUUGACUUCAUCUUAAACCAUUCAUCUCUCCUGAUGGUUAUCCUCGGAGGGAUGCUUGUUAUUAUCAUCUGUCUUCUGGUUGGGUUAUUAUUUAAUCGCAGACAAUCGCUCAGUGAACCUAAAAAAAAGAAGAUCCUACCAGCGGUGAAGAGAGACCAAACCACCUCCACAUGUGAUGAUGAAUUCUUUGAAGAAGCUUCAUUAGACUCCUCUCGUCCACAGAAUGGAUUGAACCAAUCCCUCGCAGAGAGGGGGGAUAAUAAGCACAAUGGCAAUGUCAUGGCCAACCCCAAUGCCGUGGCCAUCAGGGUGGAGCGUGACGGAGUGGAGCUUAACCCUAACCUGAACGAAAUGAUGUUCCUGCAUGACCCUACGGAUCAGAUCAGGGUACCCGUCACUGUGUCGGAGAAUUUGUUCUUUUACAACCAGCCCGUUGCCAUUCUUCACGGACCGGCAUUCUUCCAUUUGGAGGAGCAGGCCCAGUGGAGCAAGUCGGCCACCCUUCCCCGCGCAGGGGCCGCUUCUGAUCCGCUGAGUAAAGACGAGUUUACCCAGUCCCCGCCAAAAAGUUCCGCGGCCACCCAGAACCAGGAAGUGGAAACUGAGGACCAGUCUGAGGUUCUAGAGGAGGCAUCAACUUCCUCCAACACAUCCAGUGGCCACUUCAGCCUCCCUGAGUCAGCGUCGGUCCCAGGAACAUUGAAUAAAAUUAGAGGCAGCAGGCGCUCCGUGCCCGCCUUGGGUGAGCUUUCUAAAAUUCCAUCAGCGCAGGCUCCAAGGGCCUGGUUUGUAUCGCUGGAGGGUAAACCUGCAGCUGAGAUCCACUACGCAGUGUCCGAGCAGCAGAGGGCACGGAGGCCGGCCGACAGUAGAGAAACCAGCUUGGACUCUGGAGUGGACAUGAGCGAACUGAACCAGCUGUCUGGAAGGAGGGCUGUACCGCUGGAGCGCAAAAAUACUUUUAUCAAAAGCUCAUCCAGCAGUAAAGAAGCACCUCCAGAGUAGAAACUCGUGCUUACAGCUUUGUAAGUUCAUAUAAACAGCUGUAUCUAUGGCAUGUAAUUUAUUUAACUCAUGCAUUUAAGGUGCAAAAUGUGAGGUAUUCACAUUGCAGAAAUAUCAUUUAAAACAUUAACACAAUUAACAAACAUCCACAAGUGAAGAGAUAACAAUAUUAACGUUGUGUCAAAGAUGUCUAUGUAUUGAGUUGCAGAGAUUGCUACUGAAAUUAGCCUGUUGUGUGGGAAAUAAGAGAGAUUGGCACUUUUGACGUUGUUAUACAGAUCCAAGUUUUUACCUGUUGGUUGUUGCAAUACUCAUUCUGGCCACAAGAGGCUGUAUGGAAAUAAUGUUGUCCCAAGCCCCUCAUUUUUGUGGUGGACAAACGGUGGAAUUACAAAUUCUGUGUCAGUAACGUGAUGCCAUGGGACCAUCCCAGACUUUUUUCAUUGACUUCACUGAAAAGUAGAGUCAUUUGGCUUUAUCAUCUCUGAGCAACUUUCAUAGGAAUGAACAGGGCCAAUCAACUCAAGUUCUAUUCAUACGUUCAUCGUUUGACCAACAUGAGAGCACACAGAAGUAGAGUUGUCUGAAAGGCUUGUCAAUCACAGUGAAGAAAUCCAGAACGUGUGUUGGACUACAUCUCAAGGUGCAGAAAUGAGUGAAUUUAUGAUAUUUUUUUUGAUCUACAGUAUGGAAAAAUUACCUAAAAUUUAGCCAUUCCUAAUGGUAUGCCAAUUCCAGCAAAGUUUAUUUUGCUGUAUAACACAUGUCAGAGCCAUGACUACCUGCGCUAGGGUCCCGCAAUCUCCAUUUUGCUAAGUGUCAGAGAUUAUUUUGAUGAGUUACAUAUUGCCCUACUGGUCUGCCUCGAACGGGACAGAGACAGCAAUGUGAUUGAGAUUAAUGAGGUCAAAAUAACAGUCAGACUACCACUCUUAACUGAACAUGAUGUCCUUUAAUUUGUAUUUGAUUUGCAUAUUUGUUUAUGCAUGUUUUUUUGUGUAUAUCAUCAUGAAGUGAAUCAUUUCAUUAUAUUUUAAUAAAAUAAAACUGACCUUGGUGACAAGUGUUUUUAUUAGUAUACUGUAGAGAAUACACUGUGUGAAAACGUUGUUAUUUUAGUGGAUCGCAAUAGCCAGAUAUGAAUCAAUGUGUGUUUUGGAUCCAAAUUAUUUAUCUUAUUUUUUGGAUGACACAUUUAACAACCUUAAGACCUGCAAUGGAGAUCAGAAAGUAUACGGCUUUGGUAAAGUUGGAAAGAAAUCGGAUUAUGUCCCUUUACAGUAGUAGAAUAUGCUAAUAAAUAAUGAUGGUGAUUUUUGUUAUUGCAAAUAAUAUUAAAUAACUACACAUUUCUAAAGCUUAGGGCACCCAAAAUAACAUCACACAAAAUGGUAUAUUGCUA